AAACAUGAGAUCCCCCUGGAAAUCACUUAAGAGGAAGACGGAAGGGGCCCUUUAAAAUAGAUCCGCAGCUGAGGGCCGCAAGGCUGGGGCCAGAGGGCUGGCAGUGGAAGACUCUGUUGGGUUGUGAUCUCUCACUGAGAAGCUCCAGGUGCUUUUUUGCUUCCUGCAAAACAAAGGAAGAAAAGGAGACGACCAUGUCGAUAGCUCUCAAGCAGGUGUUCAACAAGGACAAGACCUUCCGGCCCAAGAGGAAAUUUGAACCUGGCACACAGAGGUUUGAGCUCCACAAACGGGCUCAGGCGUCCCUCAACUCGGGUGUGGACCUGAAGGCGGCCGUGCAGCUGCCCAGCGGGGAGGACCAGAACGACUGGGUGGCCGUGCAUGUGGUGGACUUCUUCAAUCGGAUCAACCUCAUCUACGGCACCAUCUGCGAGUUCUGCACCGAGCGGACCUGUCCUGUGAUGUCAGGGGGCCCCAAGUAUGAGUAUCGGUGGCAGGAUGACCUCAAGUACAAGAAGCCGACUGCACUGCCCGCUCCCCAGUACAUGAACCUUCUUAUGGAUUGGAUCGAGGUCCAGAUCAACAACGAAGACAUCUUUCCAACAUGUGUGGGUGUUCCCUUCCCAAAGAACUUCCUCCAGAUCUGCAAGAAGAUCCUGUGCCGCCUGUUCCGGGUCUUCGUCCAUGUCUACAUCCACCACUUCGACCGGGUCAUUGUGAUGGGCGCAGAGGCGCAUGUCAACACCUGCUACAAGCACUUCUACUACUUCGUCACGGAGAUGAACCUCAUAGACCGCAAGGAGCUGGAGCCCCUGAAAGAGAUGACCAGCAGGAUGUGUCACUAACGCCCCACCUGACCCUUCGGAAGACAGAGGAGAGCCGUUUGCUCCUGGAGUCCAGGUGGGAGAUCUCCCCAGCUGAGAAAGGCAAGGACUUCCAGAAGCAGGCGAGGUGGAGACCAGGGGCGAUGGUCCCCCUCCCUUCCUGUGUCUGAACUCUGAGCGCUGCUAGCCACGACCUGUGGGCAACCAUGGGGCACAAGAAGGACCGCCCCUCACCCCCCUGGGUCUGGAGAAAGCGUUCCUAAGCCGGUGGCAAUUCUGCCUGGGACCUGCGUGCGCCCCAGUGGCCCUGGGAUUCAGGGUGUGAGACUGAGAGACUGUACUUUCCACCUCGCCGGCCGACUUUUCUGUACGUGUUUUCUAAGUACCGAGCGCAUCUGGAACUCUGGAUGACCUGCAAGUUUUUCUAAAACAAGCCUUCCUUUCGGGUCCCUGAAAACUCCCACCCUGCUCCCGUGGCCUAACUUCCCGCAGAGCCGGAGAGACCCGAGGCCUCACCUCCAGCGGCCACACCACGUCCCAAUCGGCAGUUUUAUCAGGGACACUGCACGGGGUGGCUCGUCUCUGCCCCCAACAGGGUCUGCACACUGGGUGGACACUGGUUUCUAGCCAAAGGCUAACGAGUGACCAGUUCGCCCUGAACUGAAUGUGUUUUUGUAACCCCGCUGUUCCUUGUUUCUUCCAUUCAAGAUAUUUUGUCCUGUUUCCCAGAAGAGAGAAAUGGAAGGAAGUUUAUAAAUGACCAAGGAUGGUCAGCCGAAGCCCUGAGCCAGAUCAGUGCAUUGUUUGUUCUUCCUUCGGGGUAGGGAGCCCUGGCGGUCUCUGCAUAAUACUAAACCUGCAGUAAAAAAAACAACCCACAAAAGUACAACCGGUUAUUGGUGCGUGUAGCUCAGGCUCCCGGAGCACUGACCUGGAACCUUCCCAGCUGGCCCUCGGAGCUCCUGAGUCCAGCCAGUGUUUCCUCCCCCUUCCUCCACGCUCUCGCCCCUCUGCCUUGUUACAUGAUGGCAUGAAAUUAAUUUCUGCCCCAGGGAUGGCACCACGGUUGCCAAGGGCAUCGUGGAGCUGGCACUAACCUCCUCCUUCCCCCCUUCCCGGGUUUUCCUUUCCAGCAGACAGGGUAGCGCGUUCUGUGCUGCUUCCCGCCUGAAGAAACCCAGGCGAGUCUCGCCUGAAGAAAUGUUGCCUUCUCUGAUUCAUUCACUCACCACCCGGGGUGACCCGAGAGCCUGUGACUAGGUGGUGAUCGUGCUUCCACUGAGCAUUUAAGUAUGACAAAAUAGCGGUUGGUGGAGGGAAGUAGAUUAAGAAUGUAUUAGUGCAUUUAUUGUAAUACCGAUUAAAGACUAACUAAACAACCCCGAUUUCGUUGCAUUGUAUGUAAUGUGUUAAAGCCAUCUGUGGCUGCCACCAGAGCCUAAAAGCAUGAAAUCUUGCUUUGUCCAAAUAAGAAAGGGCUGGCUGGCGGGCACAGUGGCGUUCUGCGCUGACCCCCCCGGCCGGCCAGCCCUUGCUUUGCCUGGCGUCCACGCUGUCUCGUGGAAUCCCGAUGCUGCUUCCUCUCUCAAUGUUGUGCUCUGGUCAACAAAAUCACUGCCCUUCCCCCUGUUUAUUUUUGAGAGGACAAGAUAGGUAAAGAUGUUUUAGCAUCAUUUUUGGCUGAAAGAAUAUCUGACAGCCCUAAGGGUACAGAGAAAUAAGAGCCCCUGCCCUGCAAUGCGCAGGAAGUCCCACGGAUGCCGCACUGGGCAGAGAAUGAAGGCACUGAGCCCGGGCCCUUGGGGCAGCUCGAAGCCCCGAACCGUGGAAAACCACAGGAGCUUUGCGUUAGAAAUGGACUACGUUCCUGCAUUUCAGUCACAUAGGAUGCUGGCCUCUGAAGACAUUUGUUAUUAAUUCUUUCUAAGGUUAUUGCUAUUCCCUGUUUGUGCAUAUGAAAUUUCCAUUUAAUUUAAAAAUCCAAAUAUUUUUUCAACUCCUUGGAACAGAUUCCUCCUUGUUAUAUUGCUAAUUGCACUAAUCAACUCCCCUGGGGUAAGUUCUGGCACACGACUCUUAUUUUUUAAUUACAGAGUAUUUUUAUUCCCACAGAACCUUGUUUGGCAAAUUCUAAAGAAAAUCAUUACAGGAGGUUUUUGGUUUUUUUAAUCUCUUUGGCCCAACCACAUCACAAGUACAUCCCAAUGUAAAUGGAGGACCUGAGCUCCAGCAGCCCCUCAGGCACCUCUGGUUCUAGGCCUGAGACUGACACCUGGCUUCUUCCUCUGAACCUGGCUGGCUGUCCUUCAUCUGCCACUAUUUUUUUAGUUGAAUUAUACAUGUAGCCACUACUAUUUCUUUUUGAGAAAUUUCAAAAAGGAAAGAUUAUAAUGAACAUCCAUAUACCUUUCACUCACACGCAUCAAUUGUUAACUUUUUUUAAUUGUUAACAUUUCCAUAUUUUCUUUCUCUCUCUGUAAAUACAUUCUUACUGAUGAGCCAUGUCAAAAUAAGUUGCAGACGUCAUAAAACUUUAAAAUACUUUGUCAAUUGUCCCAAAAAUGUUUAUAGAUUUUGUUUUAAAUCCAGGAUCCAAUUAAGAAUCACGUAUUGUGUUUAGUUGCCAUUACCUUUAGUAAAUGGAUUGGAGUUCUCGGGGUGUGUGUGUGUGUGUGUGUGUGUGUGUGUGUGUGUGUUGUGUGUGUUGUGUGUCCCUCAUGACACUCAUUAAAAAGUUCAGGCUGGUUUGUUUGUAGACUGUCCCACAAUCUGUUUUUUUUUUCUGAUUCCUUAUUAUUAGAUUCAGGUUAAACAUUUUUUAGCAAGAAUACUAUAUAAGCGAUGUUGCUUCUUCCCUAUUGCAUUACAUCAGGAAGCAUAUAAUGUCUAGUUGUCCCUUUUAUGAUGUUAAGCUUGAUCUGUGGUUCACGUGUCAUCUGCUGGAUCCAUUCAUUAUAAUGUUCCAUAAUUCAUUAUAAAGCUCUGAAACCCAAUACACACGCAUUUUAUAGAGUGUGA